AUGGAUCUUGCUCAGCUUCCAGACAUCACCAGUCUGCUUGUUAGGCCAGACAACCCUGCACGAGAUGAUCUUGAAGGCAUGGACUCCGCACGAUGUGCAGCUCUACACAAUUAUUUGAUUCAAUAUGCGUGGCUCGCUGAAGGCCGCUCGCUCGCAACUCUGGAUACAAAUAGUAACUUUUUCUCGGCAUUCGGUGACGAAGACGAGGCUGAGGCUUGUCGUCCGAGGCUUGAUCCGUCCCUCGCGGCAUUCCUUGAUAGCGCUCUGGUCUCUCCGUUUCCUUAUGACAAUCCCGACGACUACCUGCCAUUUUUUGUUUUUGCAUGGGGUAUCGACGGGCCGGAAAGUCUUUUUGAGGAGUUCGCAGCUGAUAUUUACGAUCAGCCUGCUGAUAGCCUUGUGCGUUUAUACGCCGUGGAAUCGGGCUUGUCGGCCGAGGAAGGUGGUGGCGGGGUCAUCUACCACCAAGGCCUCCACCGCGUCGCGACUUUUAUGCAUCUGGAUGACUAUGGCUAUGGCUUCCCAGUUGAGGCUCAUCCGCAAAUUUGGCAGCCCCUCGAGACUCUCCUCACCAAUUGGAUCGACCUGAUUCAUAUUGGAAAAGUUGUGGCUUCACCUCAUCGGGAGCCCGCUUUAUUUGACUUUGAGAAGAUCGGCCCCUGGGAGUGGCGGCCCUAUAGCGAUUCCCAAGUGACUACAUGUGUCGCCGAGUGGGAUCGACUGUGUCAGGCGAUCGAGGCUCGUAUCUUGCAGUUGCCAAACCCCCCAUCAUCUACCAGCCCCAGCCCCGGCCCUAGUUCCGACUCGAGGUCAAGCGCAGACACUUCAGAGCCCCUGGUCGCAUCGACUGUCCUGGAUGCUGCUUCCGUGCCAGAUCCUUCCUUUGCACGCGCGUUUCUCACGCGCGCGAGACGACCGCAGUUCCGCUAUAUCGCGCCAGGCCUUCUCUUGCCACCGGCGGACUCGGCUGGAUUUACGGCCGCGCAGCCGUUUAGCGUCCUGCCCCGCUCGCAGUACACCGCACCGCCAGUGUGUCUUUUUCCCGCUGAGGGAGAUCGUCCUAUCCAGCUUACCAGGACAACAACUCCAUUUUUCCAGCCUGACUUCUAUUCGCGGUCCACCGCGACUUGCACCCCAUCUCGCGUCGCUGCAGGUCUGUAUACUGAGGCAGUAGAGAGAAACGGCCGUGACGUGGCCGAGGAAGGAUUUCGGCUGUUACUCCCUUUCACAUUCAAUGAGGAUGGGGACGAGAGCGUGGGCGCACGGAAAAGCGACGGGUCUCUGAUUGACCGAGGACGCUUGGCCGACCUCUUCCAACAUGGACAUAAGCCUUUCGGCGGUGACUACUACCGCCCCCAGCGACUAGAGCGGUUGCUAAAUUGUUGGCGUAAACUAGUAAGUCAGGGGGUCUGGUCUGUUGGGGUAGAGGGGGUAGAAGGUGGCAUCGACACCUUCAAAGAGGCCGACUCCGGCCGAUGGGAGGAUUAUUAUAUCCCACCUACGUGGUAG